AUGGCCGCACCACAAGGGGGUUACCCUCCCCAGGAAGGGUACGGUCAACCGGCCGCCUAUGGCUCUCCCACCCAGCAACAGGCCCCGACUCCAGUUCAACACGGUGGCAAGAAGAAGCGGGCAUAUGCUGGGGAGGCGUUCGAGUUUGGCUCCGGUGCCAAUGCCGCGCUGGGCGGUCAGUUGCCAGCUGGUGGGAGCUACGGAGCUUACCCUCAGCAACAAGCCGGUUACCAGCAGCCUGCUGCCUAUGGCGCAGACCCGGCUCAAGCAUAUGCUGCUCCCGCUGCUCCUGGUGUCGCACAGAUGACCCAGCAGUUUGGGGCAAUGGGCAUGACAGAUCCGCAUCUCCUCCCCCCUCAGCCGGCUCCCCAGGCUCCGCAGGCUCCGCGUACCGUCCCGCUCAACCAGCUGUAUCCCACGGACCUCCUCUCCCAACCAUUCAAUGUCGCGGAAUUGGACUACCCGCCUCCUCCCAUUGUUCUGCCGCCGGGUACCAGUGUUUACCCCUCCCCUUAUGCCAACUGCCCCCCGAAAUAUGUCCGGUCGACAUUGAACGCUGUCCCCACCACCCAUUCGCUUUUGAAGAAGUCGAAGCUGCCAUUCGCUCUUGUCAUCCAACCCUAUGCAGCCCUCCAUGACUCGGAAGACCCGAUCCCCGUCAUUCCUGACCAGGUCAUCUCGCGUUGCCGCCGUUGCCGUUCCUAUAUCAACCCCUUCGUGACCUUCCUCGACCACGGACAUCGCUGGCGUUGUAACAUGUGUAACUUGACCAAUGACGUGCCGCAGGCCUUUGAUUGGGACACGGCCCUGCAGAAGCCUGCCGACCGGUCGCUGCGGCCUGAUCUCAACCACUCGGUGGUAGAAUUUGUUGCCCCUCAGGAAUACAUGGUCCGCCCGCCACAGCCACUGGUCUAUCUCUUCUUGAUCGAUGUGAGUUACGCAUCGGUUACGAAUGGCCUUCUGGCGACGAGCGCACGGUGCAUCAAGGAGAGUCUGGACCGAAUCCCGAAUGCAGACCGCCGAACCCGCCUGGGCUUCAUCGCCGUCGAUUCGAGCCUUCACUAUUUCAGCAUCCCUCGCGAUGGUUCCGAAAACUCGAACCCCCAGAUGCUUGUUGUCAGCGAUCUGGACGAACCCUUCCUUCCUAUCCCUGGUGAUUUGCUCGUCACCUUGAGCGAAUGCCGCGAAAACAUCGAGUCGUUCCUCGACAAGCUACAGGAGAUGUUCCAGAACACGCAGAACAACGGCUGCGCUAUGGGGUCGGCUCUGCGUGCGGGCUACAAGCUGAUUGCUCCUGUUGGAGGCAAGAUGACUGUGCUCAGUUCAUCCUUGCCCAACGUUGGUCAUGGCGCUCUGACCAUGAGAGAAGACAAGAAGGUCUUGGGUACUAGCAAGGAAAGCAGUCUGCUGCAGACGGCCAACAGUUUCUACAAGAGCUUCGCGGUGGAGUGUUCCAAGGCCCAAGUCUCGGUGGACAUGUUCCUCUUCUCUUCGCAGUACCAGGACGUGGCGUCUCUGAGCAACCUGCCCCGCUACACCGGUGGACAGACGUACUUCUACCCCGGAUGGAACGCGGCUCGCGGCGAAGACGCCAUCAAGUUCGCGCGCGAGUUUUCGGACUAUCUGUCGUCGGAGAUCGGCCUGGAAGCUGUCCUCCGUGUCCGUGCCACCACUGGCCUGCGCAUGAACACCUUCUACGGAAACUUCUUUAACCGCAGCUCCGACCUGUGCGCCUUCCCGGCCUUCCCUCGCGACCAAGCGUACGUGGUCGAAGUCGCCAUCGAUGAGACCAUCACCCGCCCCGUGGUGUGCCUGCAGACUGCGGUGCUCCACACCACGUGCAAUGGCGAGAGAAGAAUCCGGGUGUUGACACUGGCGCUCCCCACCACGCAGAACCUGGCGGAUGUGUAUGCGUCGGCGGACCAGCAAGCGAUCGCAACUUACUUCAGUCACAAGGCGGUGGAGCGGGCUCUGGGAAGCGGCCUGGAACCUGCGCGGGAAGCCCUGCAGUCGAAGAUUGUGGAGCUUCUGGCGACGUACCGGAAAGAACUUGCGGGCGGAAGCGUGAGCGGAGGUGGUCUGCAGUUCCCUGCCAACUUGCGAGGUCUUCCGGUCCUCUUUCUCGCGAUGAUCAAAAACCUGGGACUUCGGAAAUCGGCACAGAUUCCGACCGACAUGCGGUCUGCGGCUCUUUGCCUGCUGUCGACGCUUCCCCUGCCCCUCCUGAUGCAGUACAUCUACCCGAAGAUGUACUCUCUCCACGAUAUGCCGGACGUUGCCGGGUUGCCCGACGAGAAGACCGGCGAGAUUGUGCUGCCGCCGCCGGUAAACCUGUCUUCCGAGCGGGUGGUGCCAUACGGACUGUACCUGAUCGACGACGGCCAAACGCAGUUCCUCUGGGUGGGACGGGACGCGGUGCCGCAGUUGGUUCUGGACGUGUUCGGACUGCCCGACAAGUCGCAGCUCCGGGUGGGCAAGCAGAACCUGCCGGAUCUGGACAACGACUUCAACCAGCGGGUGCGGGCGGUGGUCGAGAAGAGCCGGGACCACCGGUCGAAGGGCGUGGGCAGCAUCGUGGUGCCACACCUGUAUGUGGUGAAGGAGGAUGGCGAGCCAGGGCUUCGGCUGUGGGCACAGACGAUGUUUGUGGAGGACCGGGCGGACCAGAGCGUCAGCCUGGUGCAAUGGAUGGGAUCGUUGCGGGAAAAGGUUUGA